AUGGCUACCCAAAACGGGCCCGAUCAUACAUCCUCCGCCCCCUCCGUGAUACCAUUGAUUAUCAACGGCAAGGAAGAAAUCACCGACUCGACCUUUGAUGUCAUCAGUCCGUAUACGAACCAACGCUGCUGGGCUACGGCGUCUGCCUCUCCCCAGGAUGCCAUUCGUGCCGUCGAGGCUGCCGAGGCUGCAUUUCCAGCCUGGUCACAAACCAAACCCACCGUGCGACGAGACAUCCUGCUGAAGGCAGCGGAUAUCUUAGAAAGUCGCCUUGAGCAGAACGCCGGAUACAUGCGAACCGAAAUGGGAGCCGACGUAGGCGCCUCGCAGUUCUUCAUUGCGCCUCUCGGGAUCCGCAUGUUGAGGGACAUUGCGGGGCGCAUCACCUCCAUUUGCGGCAGCGUCCCCGUGGUUGAGGAAGAGGGUCAAAGCGCCAUCGUGUACAAGGAGCCCAUGGGUGUGAUUUUGGGCUUAGUGCCGUGGAACGCGCCAUAUGUUUUUGGUGUCCGCUCGGCAGCCUGCGCCCUCGCUGCCGGCAACACUACUAUCCUGAAAUCCUCCGAGCUCUCGCCCUGCUCGUACUGGGCUCUUACGCGGGCGUUCCAGGAUGCUGGAUUACCCGCCGGAUGUCUCAAUCUGGUGUCCUGUCGACCCCAGGAUGCUCCAGAAGUGGUCAAUGCCAUGAUCGAACACCCGGCAGUGCGCAAGAUCAACUUCACCGGAAGCACGGCCGUGGGAAGGAAAAUCGCCAGAGUCUGCGGGCAAAAUCUCAAGCCGUGUCUGAUGGAGCUCGGAGGCAAGAACAGCUCUAUCGUGUGCGCCGAUGCAAACAUCGAAACUGCUGUCAAGGGUGUUCUAGCCGGAGCGUAUUUGAACGUACGAUUCCCUUCUGUACUUGGGUAUUCAGUUUCUGACACUCUACAGUCCGGACAAAUUUGCAUGGCUACGGACCGCAUCCUGGUCCAUGCCUCCAUUGCGCCGGCGUUCAUGGAGGCUCUGAUGAAAGCACUGAAUUCGAAUCUCGACCCCUCUUCCCCACCCCCGACCUUGGUUAAUGUGGCUUCCAAGGCACGUGUGAGCCGUCUCAUCUCCGAUGCUUUAGCAGAUGGUGCCCAUUUCAUCCACGGAUCUGUUAGCGGUGCAGACACGCAGACCGACUCGGGAGUCCGGAUGGCUCCAGUGCUCCUCGGUGGCGUCACGGAGCACAUGGAUGUCUGGAAGGAGGAAGCAUUUGCCUCUCUAGCGGCCGCUAUGGUGGUGAGCAGCGAUGAGGAGGCCAUUCGGAUUGCCAACAGCAGUGGCUACGGUUUGUCGGCAGCGAUAUUCACGGAGGAUCUGCGCAAAGGGCUGGCGAUGGCCAAGAAGAUUCAGUCUGGCGCUGUGCACAUCAAUAGCAUGUCCAUUCAUGACGAGCCGGCUCUGCCUCAUGGGGGUGUCAAGAACAGUGGCUGGGGUCGAUUCAAUACAGCCCAAGGUCUCGAAGAAUUUCUGGUGACCAAGAGUGUAACCUGGAUGGAUUAA